CACUUUGUUGGCUGCUAUGCACAUUGCACGCCGCUGUUGUGUUGUCUGCUAACACCCUCUAGCGCACAGAUGCGCUCUGUCUCUCCGUUUUGCAGCUGUACUCCAUCGUUAGCGGAAGAUUUACCGUGCUCUGCUGCAGCAGUCAGUCCAGGCUGGCACCGAACGGGCUACAACCGCACUACGCGCGCUCACACCGACCGACCAACUUAACUGAUACGGUGUCACUUGGAGUUUCGGAGCUGUCUGUGACGAACCACGUUCUGGACUGCGUUCAUCUAUUUCCCGCGUGGAGGAGUGACGCUUGGGUGAAACCAGUAAAAAAAGAUAACGCACCGGGAGAAAUGUUUGUUUAAAUGUCUUGUCAAAACUGAAAUAGGCCUAAUACAGGUCUCCGGAGCAAAGUUUUCAUGAUCUACCAAGUCUUUUUUGCUUUUGGAAUGUGGUCUUUGUUGGUACGUUUCUUCUUGAUUUUAGUUUUUCCAACCGUGUGAACUUCAAUCCUCUUCAGCUCUCCAUCGGCUCAUGCGAUGGACCUCCUCCAGUACAACCGUCGUAUGCCUGCUCUCUCCAACGGGGACUGGAUGUGAGCAGGGUCCGGAGAGAGACAUCAACGGUUCGGCUUGGAAUCUAAAGGCGCGUUUUGACCGGUUUCGUCUCUUGGAUAGUCUCCUGCUCGGCGCGGUGCUGGGCAGCCUGUGGAUGGUACAGAAAUGACUUCAGGAAAAAAAUACUGCCUCGUUUUACUCUUUCUGCGGAUUCUCUUCACUCCUUCCAGCCAUGGCAAUCAAGUGGUACUGCUGGACACUACGACUGUUCUGGGAGAGCUGGGAUGGAAGACGUAUCCUAUCAAUGGAUGGGAUGCUAUAACAGAGAUGGAUGAACACAAUCGUCCUAUCCAUACCUUCCAGGUGUGUAAUGUAAUGGAGCCUAACCAGAACAACUGGCUUCGCUCCAACUGGAUCUUCCGUCAGGCUGCACAGAAGGUGUACGUGGAGCUGCGCUUCACUCUGAGGGACUGUAACUCCAUCCCCUGGGUGUCCGGGACCUGCAAGGAGACCUUCAACCUGUUCUAUCACGAGACCGACGAGUCCCACGGUGGGGCGUUUAAACCCGCCCAGUACACCAAGAUCGACACCAUCGCAGCCGACGAGAGCUUCACUCAGAUGGACCUAGGAGACCGCAUCCUCAAGCUCAACACGGAGGUACGAGAAGUGGGUCCUGUUUCCAGGAAGGGCUUCUAUCUGGCGUUUCAGGACAUUGGGGCGUGCAUCGCCUUGGUCUCCGUCAGGGUCUACUAUAAGAAAUGUCCCUUCACCCUGAGGAACCUGGCCUCGUUCCCUGACACCGUGCCUAGGGUCGACUCCUCCUCCUUGGUGGAGGUCAGGGGGGCGUGCGUAGACCACGCUGAGGAAAGAGACACGCCCAAGCUGUACUGCGGCGCCGACGGCGACUGGCUGGUGCCGUUGGGGAAGUGCGUCUGUAGCAUGGGCUACGAGGAGAUAGACGGGGCGUGUGCUGCAUGUAAACCGGGAUUUUACAAGGCGUUUGCGGGAAACAUCAAGUGUUCUAAGUGUCCACCUCACAGUUACAGCUAUGGAGAGGGGGCUAUUCUCUGCCACUGUGAGAAGGGUUUCUACAGAGCUGAGAAAGACCCACCCACAAUGGCCUGCACACGCCCCCCCUCUCCUCCGCGUAACGUGCUCUUCCACCUGAACGACACGUGCCUGCUGUUGGAGUGGUCUCCCCCCAGUGACACGGGGGGCCGCCGGGACCUCACCUAUAACGUCCUGUGUAAGCGCUGCGGCCCGCAGCCCGGCCAAUGCCAGCUGUGCGGGGAGGAGCUCCGCUUCGUGCCGCGCCCACAGGGUCUGACGAACUCCACGGUGACGGUGAUGGACUUCUCGGCUCGCGCGAACUACACUUUUGAAAUCGAGUCGCUGAAUGGCGUGUCGGAGAUGAGCCACUUCCCCAGGCCGUUCACCGCCAUCACCGUGUCCACCGACCAGGGUGGAUCUGCCCCCGCAGGUGCCUUCAUGGUGGGUAUGCUGAAGAAAGACUGGGCCUCUCAGAACAGCAUUGCCCUGUCGUGGCUGGAGCCGGACCUGCCCUCACUCAAUGUGGUCGACUAUGAGAUCAAGUACUACGAGAAGGAGCAUGAGGAGUUGAGCUACUCCUCCACGAGGACCAAAGCCCCCAGUGUCAUCAUCACAGGCUUAAAACCCUCCACCUGCUACGUCUUCAGCCUGAGAACACGCACCUCUGCUGGACACAGUGCUUACAGCCCAAAAUAUGAGUAUGAGACCACAGACGACACAUCGGACAUGGCUUCAGACCAGGGUCAGGUGUUGGUGAUUGUCACAGCAGCCGUGGGAGGCUUCACCCUCCUUAUCAUCCUCACCCUCUUCUUCCUCAUCACUGGACGGUGUCAGUGGUACAUCAAAUCCAAGAUGAGCUCUGAGGACAAGAGGAGGACAAACUAUCAGAAUGGACAUGCUCUCCCGUACCCAGGGGUGAAGACCUAUGUAGAUCCAGACACCUAUGAGGAUCCAGCUCAGGCCGUCCAUGAGUUUGCUAAAGAGAUUGACCCAACGCGGAUCCGGAUUGAAAGAGUAAUCGGAGCAGGUGAGUUCGGCGAGGUGUGUAGCGGUCGUCUGCGCACGCCAGGGAAGAGGGAGACUGCUGUGGCAAUAAAGACCCUGAAGGGCGGCUAUGUUGAGCGACAGAGGCGGGACUUCCUCAGGGAGGCGAGCAUCAUGGGACAGUUUGACCAUCCGAAUAUCAUCAGGCUGGAGGGCGUGGUCACCAAAAGCAGGCCUGUGAUGAUAGUGGUGGAGUACAUGGAGAACGGCUCUCUGGACUCUUUUCUUAGGAACCACGACGGUCACUUCACGGUGAUCCAGCUGGUGGGCAUGCUGCGUGGCAUCGCGUCGGGCAUGAAGUACCUGUCUGACAUGGGCUACGUCCACAGAGACCUGGCCGCUCGCAACAUCCUGGUCAACAGCAACCUGGUGUGUAAGGUGUCUGACUUCGGCCUGUCCAGAGUCCUGGAGGACGACCCCGAGGCUGCCUACACCACCACGGGGGGUAAGAUACCCAUCAGGUGGACAGCCCCCGAGGCCAUCUCCUACAGGAAGUUCUCAUCGGCCAGCGAUGCCUGGAGCUACGGGAUCGUCAUGUGGGAAGUGAUGUCAUACGGGGAGCGGCCUUACUGGGAGAUGUCCAAUCAGGACGUCAUCCUGUCCAUCGAGGAGGGCUAUCGUCUACCUGCCCCCAUGGGCUGCCCGGUUGCACUUCAUCAGCUGAUGCUCCACUGCUGGCAGAAGGAGAGGAGCCAGAGGCCCAAGUUCAUUGAUAUGGUCUCCUUCCUGGACAAGCUGAUCAGGAACCCCAGUAGUCUGCUGGCACUGGUGGAAGAUAUGCAGUGUCUACCAGAUUCCCCAGGAGAGGUGGUGGAUUACCCCAUGUUCAUCUCCAUCGGGGAUUGGCUGGAUUCCAUUAAGAUGAGCCAAUACAAGAAUAGCUUUGUGGCAGCAGGAUUCAGCACACUGGACUCUGUGGCUCAGAUGACCAUUGAAGACGUGCGGAGAAUCGGGGUGGUCUUGAUUGGACACCAGAGGAGGAUCGUCAGCAGUAUACAGACCCUCCGACUGCAGCUACUGCACGAACAGGAGAAGGGCUUCCACGUAUGAGACCUUAGAACGAACGGACAGACGGAGGGAGAGAGAUGGACAGAGAGACAGUCGGACAGCCCCGGCCUGUGCCGCAGUCUUCACCCUUUCAAGCAGACACGCGGACGGGCCGUCUCACCCUGAAGGCCUCUCUCUCCGGCAGACUAUCACACACUUGGACCUCAGUGCAGAAACUCCAUAAAGACAGACUGUUUUAUACACACCAACCUGCUUUAGCCAGAAACAGGACAACAGAGACAGGGCUCUGAGAUAAUCUGUGCUAGCUGUCUCUGGUCGUCCCCGGGGAAUGUAUGCCUUGUCGCAGCAACAGUACUUCUCGUCUAUGUGGAGCAACGUCAUUAUACAGUAGAGCUGUAGAUUUGGGAACUUAACCUAUGACAUUUUUUUCCCCCAUGUUUUUGUGACCAUGAUGUAGCUGCUAACAGAUGAGCAAUCAGAGGAUUGUCUUUAAAUAAUAUGAUAUGAAUUAUUUUAGAGUUUGAUAAGUAAGCGUCAUCAUAAGGUAUUCUUGUUACAUUAUUUAACCCCCAGAGUACCUGGGUAUGCUAAUACUUGAAGAAAGGAGAGGAGAUCGUUUUUGAAGUGCAGAGGAUUUAUGAAUGUUUUACGUGUGUAGAAAUCUAUAAUGAUUAUAAUCCUAAACUAAUAUUUAUAUCUGUGGAGUCCUGUAUGUGAGCGCCCUAGUAAAUUUGGAUCUUAUCUCUUCAUUUAAUUACCUUUUUAUCAAAGUCAGCAACAUAUGCAGUCGUCUCAGUAACUAAGAUAAGAGAAAUAAACGAAUGAUACUCUCUUAUGGACCUAUACACCUUGACGGCAGAGUGUCAACAAAUCUCAGCAGACACCCCUACAUGCUAACCUGCAAGCUCUACGGGCCAGUCGUGCAAUGCUACAGACUCAUGGCAGCUGUUGGAACACAAUGUACAUAGCCAAGUAAGCCAGUGCGUUGGGUGUACCUUAUUGCUGGCGUCAGGACACUGCGCUGAUAUGUGCUGUCAGGACCCACAUGCACCCCAUAGCAGACUGGAGUCUGACGUGCUCAGUAACAAACACACAGAGAGACUAUGUAGUGCCAGGGUCGAUACGUACCUCUUUAUUCCCGGUGGACCUCCAUAACCCGAGGCACCAUCAGCCUCCAGAUCCACAGGUAGUCCAGGUGGUUCAGUAAAUCACCCAAAAACAAUGCCUGAAACCCAGAGGCUGGCAUUAGCUCCCCCGAGCCGCGUGGCUUAUGCUUUCGCUCAGCAGGCUAACGCAGUCUUGCGAAGCCCAGUUGAUCACAUUUGUCCAGGAGCAGGGGUCUCUCUGGGGGGCCUUGAGUUGCGCCCAGACACACUGAUCUAGGGUCAGUUUAAUCCUAUUGGACCCACUCAUGUGUGUGCUAAGGAUUGAGGUAGGCCAGGCUGAUCCUAGAUCUGUGGUUUUGGAUAACUAGUACCUGGGCUGAUCCUAGAUCUGUGGUUUUGGACAACUAGUAACUGGAGUUCACCUGUCCAGCAGCUGCUCGGAGUCAGACAAGUCGGGUGUCCUUCACAGGGGAGGACAUCCAACACUCUUUCUCCUCUUGGAAGGAGAAACCAGAUGAGUUUGCUUAGCAUGUCCUUCUGCUGAGCAACAGGAGAAUGCUUUUUUGUACAAAGUACAAGUAUACUUAUAAUUCUUGUAUUUUAUUUUUCUAUAAUUUCCAAAGAGACGUUGUAGAUCUUGCACACUGUAUAAGGCAGAUUAAAGAAAAUAUUUAUUUGAAGAAUAAAGGUGAACAGUUCUGGUGGUUAGAUGUUAUCAUGUUUUUACUGUUUCAUUCUUGGGAAGACAUCCUGAUUUUAAGAAUCGUGCAAUGAUACUGGACCAUCAUUUCAAGCCUCCCCCAACACCUUUUCAUCAAAUGACUGCUUAUGGGAGUUUUCUUACUCAAACAUUUAGUGGAGACAGAUCUACCCUGAAGGAAGAAAUUAAUUAGAUUUAAUUACGUUAUUGCCUAAACGUGCUAUAACGGCUUGUAUAGGCAGUUCAGUGCCUGCAAUCUCAACCGUGGCGGUUUGCUGAAAAAGCACUCUGUUCUGCUCAAUAUCAAAGUGCUCACACAACCAGUCUGGCAAGAUGGAAAUCGGAGGACCAAUGUCUCAAUAUUUGACUCUCCCUGGUCCGCUGGGAGUUGCUGCUACCAGGCAAGCCCAUUAUUUUGAAUUAAGCUAAAAAAAAUACUUUGGGAAGGGGUGAAAGAGGGAGGUGCCAGAAAUGCAUAUAAUGUCAUUAGUUUCAGUAAUGCUGAAAACAACAGUAGACAAUAUUUGAGCAGCACAUUUAUAGCA